CUUUAAAGAAACGUCAGAGCCUCUGACUCAGGUGUCAAUUUUGGCCUGCGUUUGUACCGCGUAUGUGUAGUAUUUCUGAAAAUAAAUAAGCAUUUACGCGAUUUUUUAACGCUUACUUAAGUAUAUUCAAUGUUUAGGUCGUAACAAUAGACAAUAAACAUGCCUCUCACGGCUAGGCAAAGAAGUAUACAUAAUAAAAACGGUGCUAAAAGGGCUACAAGUUUUAGCAAAGGGAAGCGAAAAGCGAACGAAGGGGAGUUCCUAGUAACAAAUGCUCCAUCAGACCUGCGUAGUAUAGCGUACCCUGGUGGGGCGGUUGCGCUAGGCUUGCUGUUGACUGCCCGUCUUGCUUCUGCCUACUGGGGCCAUAUAUCUGACUGUGAUGAGACUUAUAACUAUUGGGAACCUUUGCAUUACUUGGUAUACGGCAAAGGCCUACAGACAUGGGAGUAUAGCCCGGCGUACGCGAUCCGCUCAUACAUGCCGUUGUGGCUGUUCGCGGUGCCCGCCAAGAUACUCUCCUGGUUCAUGAGCCCCGCCUCCGUGUUCUUCUCUCUAAGGAUGCUGCUAGCUGUACUGUCUGCCUGUGCUGAGCUUAUGUUUUAUAAGGCGGUAUGCCACGAGUUCGGCGUGCAGGUGGGGCGCGUGUGGCUGUGGCUGUCGGUCCCGGCGGCGGGGCCGGCCGCGGCGGGCGCGGCGCUGCUGCCGGCGGCCUGGAGCGGCGCGCUGGCGGCGGCCGCGCUGGCCUGCUGCUGGCGCAGGCGGUACCCGCAGGCCGUCAUGCUCACUGCUGUGUCGACCUUGCUUAGCUGGCCAUUCACAGCUCUACUAGGAGUAUCAAUAGCGAUCGACAUGCUUAUAAUCAAGCGUGAGAUAACCGAGUUUAUCAAGUGGUCUUCCAUCUCUCUGGUCGCCAUCUUGGUCCCGACUGUAGCGGUGGACUCGUGGCACUACGGCCGCCUGGUGGUCGCGCCCUGGAACAUCGUCGCAUACAACAUAUUCACUGAACACGGUCCUGAUCUGUACGGAGUUGAACCCUGGACGUAUUAUUUCGUUAACGGAUUGUUGAAUUUUAAUAUUGUUUGGGCGCAGGCCCUGUCGUGCCCGCUGCUGCUGUGCGCGUGCGCGGGGCUGGUGUCCCGCUCCACGUCCCGCGCGUGGUUCUGCGCGCCCUACUGGCUCGACCUCAUGCCGCUCUACCUCUGGCUCGCCGUCUUCAUGCUGCAGCCGCAUAAGGAAGAGAGAUUCCUAUACCCGGUCUACAGUAUGAUAAUCCUGGCGGGCGCGAUAUCACUGGACUGCCUCCAGAAGCUGACGUUCGCAGUGGGUACGGAGCUGUUCCGCUGGCGCCGCGACCGCGAGAAGAGACACUACUUGUCUUACACGGGACCGCUCAUGGUCAUGUUUGUGUUGGCCGCCGGCGUCGGGGGAUUAUCCCGCACACUGGCUCUGUACAACAACUACCACGGGCCCAUGAACCUGUUCCGCAACCUCCCGGACGCCCCCCCGGACACGGAGCUCACGCUGUGCUACGGCAAGGACUGGUACCGCUCGCCGUCCAGCUUCCUCCUGCCGCCGCAAUACAACGUCAGGUUCAUACCCAGCGAGUUCAACGGACAAUUACCAGCGCCAUACGCAAAUGCUCACAAUGCCACUCGCCUCAUCCAACCGCACUUCAACGACUUAAACAAAGGCGACAACAGGACUUACCUACAGCCGAGCCAAUGUCACUACCUCGUAGACUCGGACCUCGGGAAACCAAGCCCCCUCGAACCAGCCUACUACAAAGACCCCUCGUGGGAAAUCAUAACCAGUGUUGCCAUUAUAGACGCUAAAAAGUCCAAUCAACUGCUCAGAGCGUUCUACAUCCCAGUGUUGUCACAUAAGAAUAAUGUGUACGCGCAUUUGUAUUUGUUGAAGAAUAAGUUGUUGAUGGGAUAAGGUUAGUGUGAGUAAGUGUUUAUUCGUUUUUAGUUGAUUUUUUUGUUUGAAGUGUAAUGGGAGCUUGUUUUGUCUCACUGUUUGUACUUAAUAAGUAUGAUUGUGUAUUUAAUUAAAUAACGAUGUCAUUUAAGCCGAUAUAUGUCAUAUUUAUGUCAAAACUUACAAGCGCCAGUUAUGUAGGCGGAGAUGUUUUUAUCUCGCCUUGAAGGUGAUAAUCGCGAAGUUAAACACGAGUUAAAAAACAAAUUUUACUAAAAAUGUUUAAACACUUACAAAAAGCUUCUAGUGUAACCAAAUAUUAACUGAGAUUGGUCUAGAUCUGUGUUUAGAUUAAACAUUUGAAUUGUAUAUGGCAGUGUCACUAUGGAAUUAAUUAAAUUAUUAGAAUGUAAGUAUAGACAAUAAUCAAAACAUGCAAUAUUCACUUGUUCACAUACAAUAACUUGAUUUAUUUCAUAGUACAGAGGUCAUAUUACCAACGAAAAAAUCCUAAAAUAAUGUAAUAAUGUUAAGAACAUGCGAUAGUAUGAGAAUGUAUAAAAUAUGAUAAUAAACAUAAAACAAUCCUUACUAAAACGAUUUUCAGUAAACUAUUAGUAACUAAAUGCAAAA